AUGGCCAGCGACUAUCACUGCACUACUCGAUACCCGAAACCGAACAACGAAAGAAGAGGGUACCCCUUACAGAAGAAGGAUGAAGCGCGCGCGUCAGUCUGGACAACUGUUUACGUACUGCGAGCCAACCCGGAUACAAUUCAACCACAUGGCACCCGAAUUCCAGAACCCUGUUCAGCUGUCAUCAAAACAAGAAAAACGAAAGGAAAGCAAGCAAAACCCACGCGCGACUCAAGAUGCAGUACAACCUGA